GCUUUAAAUGAUUUUAGAAGCGAGUAACAAGCUUUACGUAGUACAUUCCUUUUCGUCUGCGAAAGUUUUCACUUUAAGGAUAUGCUAAAAAUCAGUGGCCUCUCAAUCAUAUCACUUUUUGCCCAUGUGGGUGCUUUUUAUUAUGAUGAGAAAAAAAUCAAUUGUUAUUUUGGCUCUUGGGCUGUAGUGCGAACGGAACAACCAUUGGAACUUGAAUUGAUUGAUCCCCAAUUGUGUACUCAUUUGAGUUGUGUUCACUUUGAUGUGGCCAGCGAUGGCACAUUGGAAGCCUAUAAAAAUCCAAAUGAUGACAAUCUAGUGGCUAGUAAACGAGCCAUGACUUUAAAAUCGAAAAAUCCACAGUUAAAAGUUAUUGCUGUUGUUGGUGGCCCAAAUACAAAUUUCAUUGCAAUAGCAACCAAUCGAACAAAGCAGGCAAUUUUCAAAUAUACAACUUUGAGGGUGCUCACAAAAUAUGGCUUUGAUGGGCUUGAUUUGUUUUGGCCGAGUUUAGGAGUUGCUACCGGAAAGGAGAUGAAAUCAAUUGCAAAGUUUCUGAUUAGUAUGAAAUAUGGUAUGAAGGCCUUUAAUCUUACUUUGGGCGCCUCGCUAAACGGUGAGGUCAACGACAUUCAAUCAUGGUCUAAAAUACCCAACAUUUAUCUUAACUACGAGCUUGAUUACAUCAAUGUCAUGGCCUACAACUUUAGCACUACCAUCUAUCAUGCACCCUUGUAUGGCAACACUAAUAAUACUGUGGAAAAUUCCAUGCAAGUUCUGUCUCAGAAUCUAGUAUCCGCCUCUGCCAGAUUGCUCUUGGGCGUGGCUUUUAUUGGUCAAGCCUACCAGGUGAGUAAAGGAGGCUAUGGGCGUUCCAAUGUUGUUACUUUGAAUGCACGCUCUUUUAAACGUUACGUCCGUUAUUUGGAUAUGUGUACAGAGGAGCAGACAAACGAUAUUUACUAUGCCGAUGAAUUCGGAGCAACUUUCAUUAAAUCUCGUCUUUCUUGGACCAGCUAUGAGAGUGUCAAGACCGUUGUAAUGAAGGCGGAAUAUGCACAGGAAUUAGGUCUUGGUGGCAUAGCCAUUUGGUUACUAGAUGACGAUGACUUUCUUGGCAGGUGCGGCAAGAGAUAUCCACUAUUGCGAGCGAUUCAUAAAACAAUGAAUGGCCCUAAGGACUACGAUAAGCUUUGAGAGGAGGCAAUCAUUAUUAUAGGCCCCCUUAUAAAACAAAGGAGAAAAAAUAACACAAAAAAACAUGGAACUUUUAAAAACCAAUUUUUGAUAUCAUAUACAAUUUUUGUGAUUUUAAUAAAAAAAAAAUUCACAUUUA